UUGGAAUAAGUAUGAAGAAAAGAUUUGAUAAAAAUCAUGUGGUUAAAAACUUUACCAAAAGUCUAUAUUGCUUGAAAAAUGACAAAGGUAUCAAGUUGAGCAAAAGUGUUAUCACCCACCUUGAAAAGUGUUUAAAAUACACAUUUGCCAAAAACCAAGGAGAUAAAAGUGGAAUGGAAAACAACUUGAAAGCCAUUGUUCCACAUCAGUUUGGAGACCAUAGUCUUUGUAUGCCUAGGUAUUGUGGAUAUAAAAGAAAACCAGGAGAAAAAUAUCUUCAUCGUAGCCUGCCCUAUAAGACAGCUCUACACGAUGAAACCCUCAGACAACGACUACAACAGAUAUUUGAUCCACUGAUACAUAAUGCCCAUCAGUAUAUAGAUCUUGGUUCAAGCCAACAGUGUGAACACGCCAACAAGGAAGUGACAUUGAGAGCUCCUAAGAGUCACCAUUACGGCAACACCAGCAGUCUUGACUACCGAGUCCAUGCCACAGCAGCAUUCGUAAAUGAAGGAAGGCACUAUAUAACUAAGAUUGUUCUUGUUAUUCCAGUUGUUGUUUCUUGGAUAUCGAUGAAACCUGAAUGCCAUGAUCUUUAAUGGUUUCAACAAGCUCGGACUAUCUCCUGGUGCACACACUGUCAAGUAUGCUGACAUGUGCUUGAAGCGGCGACACACCAAACAACAGAAAGCCCAAUCCCCAUCUACUAAACGUAGACGACUGGUGCUGAAACAGGAACGGGCUACUAAUCAAGGUGCAAAUGAAGCUCUAGAAGGAGACACAUAUCAGUCAGGAAUUGGUCACGGCGACAAUGUAGAUGUGGAACAGAUUCCAGAUUCCAUUCCAAGGGGUAAUUUUAAACCUGUCCAGUUACCAGGACCCCCAGCUGUUAUAUCUUUUGACUUGGAAACAACAGGCCUGAUUAAAGACGGAGUGCUUCCGCAGAUUACACAGAUUGCUGCAGUGGAGUUACAGUCAGGAGAGCAGUUCAAUACAUAUGUUAAACCAACAGUUCCCAUUUCUAUGGCUGCAACAACUGUUACUGGCAUAUCAUUUUAUAAUGAGGAAAUGACAGUAAAUGGAACAAAAGUGCAAUCAGUGUCCAUAAAAACUGCUAUGGAUGAAUUUGUUAAUUGGAUAUCCAAAUUCAAAAGUGUAUGUUUAGUAGCUCACAAUGGUCGCAGAUUUGACUUUCCCAUUCUUGUGUCUACAUUAAAGAACAUUGGAGCUCAGGAUAAGUUAUCAGAAUGUGCAUUCAUUGACUCCAUGUCAGUGUUUCGAAAGCUUUAUCCGAACACAUCACUGAAACAAGUAGACCUUGUGUCAUCUUUACUUGGUGAAACAUACGAUGCACACAAUGCCAUGGUGUGAUGUGGUUGCCCUUGGGAAAUUAAUCAAGUUUGUGAACCUCUCAAGUAGUGAUUUAAUGGCUCAUAGUUUUACUCAGUCAGCAAUUGCUAAUAACAUGGCUUUCAACAAAUCUAAAACACUCAAUUUGCCAUCAUUGAAUCCGUUGAUUUAUUCAGGUGUGAUAAAAAAACCUACCGCUGAAAACAUUGCUGGGUCUGGUCUGAAUAUAAAUCACUUAAAACUGUUGCAUAACAGAGGUGGGGAAGAUGCUUUAAAAGAUGUGUUUAUUUCAAAGAACUCAGAAGGCUUACCAAGAGUCUCUAACAAUAAGAAAGUGUUGGAAGAGAUUGUACCACAAAUUGCUAAAUAUUUUGAAAAUCACUAGAUUUUUAUACUCUGGUAUAAUAACUGUUCAGGGACAAAAAUGUUUUCUGUACAUUUAUUUGUCUGUACAUCCACAGUGAUAAUUAUGGAAAUAACAAUAUAGGUGUUCUAUAUUUAUUGCAAUGUUCUUAUCUAUAAAACAUCAUACAAUGUAUUUACCAGAAAAUAUUUAUGUAAUGCGUAAGAUAUAUUAUUUACUCAAAUUUUGUCUCGGCAAAUUUACUUUUUGGUGGUAUCAAAUACCUAAUGAUAUCAUAUUAUUUUACAUUAAAAUGGUUAAACCAACUAGUAAAUGUA